CCUCCGCACAGGCGCAGCGGGGACCACCCAGCCAGCGGGCCAGCUAGCCUGCGGAGACUCCCGGGUCCCCGCGCGGGACUGGGGCUGGGGGCGGGCAGCCCAGCGGACCUGGACGGCGGUCCAGCCGACCCCGGGCGGUACGAUGAAGGCACGGCGGAGCGCGUGAGCAGGAUGCGGCGGCAGGCGCCACGGCAGGAGGAGGAGUAGGCGGUGGUGCCCUCGGGAGGGAGCCGCGAUCGGGCCAAAGGCUCCCGGAGGCUCCGCAGUGCCGCCGCCGUUGCCCGGGAGGCUCCGCGCGGGAGCCAUGUAACCUGCGGCGGGCUCCGUCCUUCCCAAGUUCCCGGGCUAGCGCGGCAGCGGGGCCACGAUGAAGAAGCAGUUCAAUCGCAUGCGCCAGCUGGCCAACCAGACGGUGGGCAGGGCAGAAAAGACUGAAGUUCUGAGUGAAGACCUCCUUCAGGUGGAGAAGCGCCUGGAGCUGGUGAAGCAAGUUUCCCACAGCACACACAAGAAGCUCACCGCGUGUCUCCAGGGCCAGCAAGGCGCCGAGGCCGACAAGCGCUCCAAAAAAUUGCCUCUGACGACACUGGCCCAGUGUUUGAUGGAAGGGUCAGCUAUCCUGGGAGAUGACACACUUCUUGGGAAGAUGCUGAAACUCUGUGGGGAGACAGAGGACAAGCUGGCACAGGAGCUGAUUCAUUUUGAAUUGCAAGUAGAGAGAGAUGUGAUCGAGCCCCUGUUUUUGCUGGCGGAGGUGGAAAUCCCAAAUAUUCAAAAACAGAGGAAACAUUUAGCAAAGUUGGUGCUGGACAUGGACUCCUCACGAACAAGGUGGCAGCAGACUUCCAAGUCUUCAGGGUUGUCCAGCAGCUUGCAGCCUGCGGGUGCCAAAGCUGAUGCCCUCAGGGAAGAAAUGGAGGAGGCUGCCAACAGAGUGGAGAUUUGCAGGGACCAGCUGUCAGCUGACAUGUACAGUUUUGUGGCCAAAGAAAUCGACUAUGCAAACUACUUCCAAACGCUCAUAGAAGUGCAAGCUGAGUACCACAGGAAGUCGCUGGCGCUCUUGCAGGCCGUGCUGCCGCAGAUAAAGGCACAGCAGGAGGCCUGGGUGGAGAAGCCGUCCUUCGGGAAGCCCCUGGAGGAGCACCUCACCAUCAGCGGCCGGGAGAUCGCCUUCCCAAUUGAGGCCUGCGUCACGAUGCUGCUGGAGUGCGGGAUGCAGGAGGAGGGACUCUUCCGAGUGGCUCCAUCCGCCUCCAAAUUGAAGAAGCUGAAAGCUGCCCUGGACUGCUGUGUGGUGGACGUGCAGGAGUACUCAGCAGACCCACACGCGAUCGCAGGAGCUUUGAAAUCUUACCUUCGAGAGUUGCCAGAACCUCUUAUGACCUUUGAACUCUAUGACGAGUGGAUUCAGGCUUCCAACAUCCAGGAGCAAGAAAAGAGGCUUCAGGCUCUGUGGAAUGCUUGUGAAAAAUUGCCCAAGGCCAAUCACAGCAACAUCCGAUACUUGAUCAAAUUUUUAUCGAAGCUGUCAGAAUAUCAAGAUGUAAACAAGAUGACUCCCAGUAACAUAGCAAUUGUGUUAGGACCCAACCUCCUGUGGCCACAAGCGGAGGGGAACAUUACGGAGAUGAUGACCACGGUUUCCCUGCAGAUUGUCGGCAUCAUCGAACCCAUUAUCCAGCAUGCGGACUGGUUCUUCCCUGGGGAGAUAGAGUUCAACAUCACGGGGAAUUACGGGAGUCCGGUCCACGUGAACCACAACGCCAACUACAGCUCGAUGCCCUCCCCAGACAUGGACCCCGCCGACCGGCGCCAGACCGAGCAGGCCCGCCGGCCCCUCAGCGUUGCCACAGACAACAUGAUGUUGGAGUUUUACAAAAAGGAUGGCCUUAGGAAAAUCCAAAGCAUGGGCGUGAGGGUGAUGGACACGUCCUGGGUGGCGCGAAGAGGCUCGUCGUCGGCAGGCCGGAAAGGGUGGAGCCCCCCAGAGGACCCCGUGGUGCCCUCGCUUUCUCCAUCCGGCCUGGGCCUCCAGCCUGGGGCCGAGCGGACCAGCGCUUCUAGAAGCAAGGAGCUUUCUCCGGGAUCUGGGCAGAAGGGAAGUCCGGGUUCCAGCCAGGGGGCACCCUGUGCUGGGACACCAGCAGGCACCAGCCCCGGCCCGCCGCCGGCCAACCAGAGCCCCCACACUCUCCGGAAAGUUUCCAAGAAGCUGGCACCGAUUCCACCCAAGGUCCCCUUCGGCCAGCCAGGCGCUAUGUCAGAGCUGCCCACCGGCCAGCCGUCCCCGCUCAGCCUGUCGCCUACGCCCCCAAGCACCCCGUCACCCUACGGACUCAGUUACCCGCAAGGGUACCCCUUGGCCUCGGGCCAGCUCUCCCCGGCGGCAGUGCCCCCUCUGGCCUCUCCUUCCAGCUUCUCCAGCACUUUAACCAAAACACAGCCGCCCACGGCGAGCCUCUCCGCCUCCAGCCCGCAGUCCACGGAGCACCCCGUGCUCGACGGCAUGGCCCCCGGGGAAAGCAUGUCCACAGAUCUCGCUCACUUCGACGUCCCCUCCAUCCACGUGGAGCUCGGGCCGGCGCUCCGCCUGAGUCCCCUGGAGCACAAGCUGCGGCCCUCGGUGACCGAGAAGAGGGACUCGGAGGAGGACUCAGAGAGCACCGCCCUUUGACAUGCGUGUACAUACGUGGGCCCAGACCAGCAUAUAGCAGGGCGCCCUGGGCCCAAGUUCCCCGCGGCUCUCGCUGUCACUGCCGCGCACGGCCGGAGCUCUGCAGAGAGCGGUCACCCCCGGCCUGAGUGGCAAACGUCGGUGGUGCAGAUUGUGUUCGUUCCCCUCGGGUGGUGACGUGGGCCUUUUGUUUGAUCUUUGCCUUUGACUUUGUGCCUAUUUGACCUACUUUCAGCCUCCAUGCCAAGCAGCAGCCCUCUCCACCAAGGGCUCCUGGCAGUCCUCUGCAGGGGGAGGGGGAGGGCCAGGUGCUGGGCGAGACCAGGGCUGCGCCUGUACUGACAGCACGAGUCCUCAGUGUCAGCUGACGGGUGUCGGCUGGACGGCCACAGAAGGGGACGGAGAGCAAGCCCUUCACUGACAGGGACCAGACCGAUUCUCGAGUCCUGGGCGCUGACUGGCGCUGCACAGGGAGGCUCCCCUCCUGGGUGGGCUCUAAGUAAACGCUGAACACAUUUGUUUCACUUCCCAAGUUUUAUUUUCCACACCGUGUUACCGAAAGCUCCUGUUUCUACCUUCCCGUUUCACACUUCCAAACUGAAAAAUGGCCUUGAUGUCUAGAGGGCCUAAAGACACCUCCCCGUGCCCCCCCACCCCCCCAACAUCAAAUGAU